AUGCGUGGAGGAGCUGGGCAGGGUCUCACUCCCUUCUCUGUUUCCCGCUCAGAUGGCGAGAGGCCGGGAGAGGCGCCGGAGGCCGCGCGUCGGGCGCCCGCCGCCCCGGCGCGGCCGCGCAGGGCCGAGGACUCCAGCGAGAGCCGCGAGGAGGAGCAGGGUGACGGGCCGGACUCCGACGACUGGUUCUCCAGAGGCCGACGGUCCGAGCGAGCCGCCAGGCACCCCAAACUCAACCUGACCAAGCAGGCGCUGCCCUGGAACGACCAGUACAAGGGGAAGGCCAACCUGCACGUCUUCGAGGACUGGUGCGGAGGGGCGGUGAGGCACCUCCGGAAGAACCUCCACUUCCCGCUCUUCCCUCACGCCCGCACCACGGUGAGGAAGCUGGCUGUGGCACCCAAGUGGAAGAACUACGGGCUGCGGAUCUUCGGCUACAUCCACCCCUUCAARGAUGGGGACUUCCAGUUUUCGGUGGCAUCCGACGACAACUCCGAGUUCUGGCUGAGCUCCGACGAGAGCCCGUCCAACUCGCGCCUGGCGGCGUUUGUGGGCAAGCUGGGCACCGAGUGGACGGCCCCGGGCGAGUUCACCAAGUUCAGCUCCCAGGUCUCCAAGCCGCUGCACCUCAUGUCCUCCAGGCGCUACUACUUUGAGCUGCUCCACAAGCAAGACGACCGAGGUUCGGACCACGUGGAAGUCGGCUGGCGAGUUUUCCUCCCCAGCCUCAAGUUCGAAGUGAUCGACUCCUCCUACAUUUCUCUGUACACAGACGAGUCGUCCCUGAAGAUGAACCACGUGGAGCACAUCCCGCAGACCCUGGCCAGCCACAGCGGGAGCCACCUCUGGGAGGCACAGCAGGACGAGCACGGCGCCGACAUGCUCAAGACGGACCCCAGGGACACCUUCUUCCUCACCCCGGCGAUCGAGGCCUCCCGCGUGGAGAACGUGCUGGUGCCCUGUGCCUACAGCCCCACCUACGUGGUGAAGGACUUCCCCAUCGCCCGCUACCAGGGCCUGCAGUUUGUCUACCUCUCCUUCGUGUACCCCAACGACUUCACUCGCCUCACRCACAUGGAGACGGAGAACAAGUGCUUCUACAGGGAGUCCCCCCUCUACCUGGAGAAGUUCGGUUUCUACAAGUACAUGAAGAUGGAUGAAGAGGAGGAGGAUCCCCGCCGGCGAGCCUUCCUCUUCCUCGGCCCGGACAGCUUCUUGGAUGAAGAGGAGGAGGAGGAAGGAAUUGACAGUCCCGAGCCCACAGAGCCAGCGCCCGCCACUAAGGAGAGGAGCCUUGGGCUGCUGCCAGGAGGCAAAAGCAAGGAGAUCCUGCCRGCUGCUGCGGAUUACGGCGACGACCUGGACUACUACGGCUUUGGCGGCCAGCAGGACCGGGCGCGGGCCGGGACGAGCCCCGCUGAGGAGCAGGGGCUGCCGCCGUCCCCGCAGCAGGGCCCGCGGCGCCCCCUCUCCGAGCCCGCGCUGGGCGGCCGGGCGCAGGCGGCGGCCCCCAGCAAGGCGGCAGCGCCGCAGCGGGACGCGAGGGCGCGCGAGAAGGUCUACGUGACCAGGCUGCAGCCGGGCAAGCGCAAAGCGCCGCCCCAGGAACCCGCCUUCCCCAGCAUCUUCCUCUACCCCAAGCCCCUGAGGAAAGUGCCCCUUCGCUCCCGGAGCCCCCGCAGGCCCCCGGUGCCCUCCAGCAAGCUCCGCACCCUCACUGGCCGCCGGCUGCCCUGGCUGCUGAGCACCAUCCCCAAGGAGAAGGGCACGGCCAAGCGGCGGAGCGCCGGGCGCCAGGGGYGGCCGGACAAGCGGCCGGAGCCGAGGGGUGAGCGGCGGGCGCUGGCCGGCCUCCUGGGGCCUGGAGCCCACGGARCCCACGGGCUCUUCAGCAGGGAGGCACGCGAGGACGCCACGACCAGCCCGGGCAGGACGGCGGCCACUGCCGAUUACAACUCCUCAGAGGCAGCCCCCUUGGGCGCCACGCGGGUGACGUCCUUCCUGAAGAUGUCGGAAACCACAGCGUCGCAGCAGGAGGGAAGGGAGGGCCCGGGAAAGGGCCAGGAAGAAGAGGAGGAGGAGGAGGAGGAGGAGGUGUCGGACUACAGCUACGAGACGGCGGAGCUGCAGCCGAGCUGGCUGGAGGACUCCAUCAACUGGCAGCGGACGUUCAGCGUGGGCGCGGUGGACUUCGAGCUGCUGCGCUCCGACUGGAACGACCUGCGCUGCAACGUGUCCGGCAACCUGCAGCUGAGCGAGAGCGAGGUGGUGGACGUGGUGGCGCAGUACCUGGAGAGGCUCAACGAGAAGAACGGCGGCAUCUACACUCUCCUGCGGAUCAUCAACGUGGAAAAACGGCGGGACACGGCCCGGGGCAACCGCUACCUGCUGGAGCUGGAGCUGGCGGAGCGGGGCCAGCGCACGGUGCGGCUCUCCGAGUACGUUUAUGUCCUCUUGCACCAGGGCAAGCAGGACGACAGCGGCGAGGCCAAGCCUGAGGGGCCAGCGCUGGCCGCCACCGAGCCCCAGCCAAGCGCCUGGAGCGUCCUCUACGGGAAGCCCGUCCUGUGCCAGCCCGUGCACCUCAGCUGGAAGCAGGACGUCAUGGUGCACUUCGUGGUGCCCGUGAAGAACCAGGCGCGCUGGGUGCAGCAGUUCAUCGCGGACAUGGCCGGCCUCUACGGCGCCACCAAGGACGCCAACUUCAACGUCAUCCUCGUGGACUUUGACAGCGAUGACAUGGAUGUGGAGAAGGCKCUGCAGGAGGCCCGGCUGCCCCGGUACCAGUACCUGCGUCGCACGGGCAACUUUGAGCGCUCGUCGGGGCUGCAGGCCGGCGUGGACGCCGUCGAGGACGGGCACAGCAUCGUGUUCCUGUGCGACCUGCACAUCCACUUCCCUGCCAAUAUCCUGGACAGCAUCCGGAAGCACUGCGUGGAGGGCAAGCUGGCCUACGCGCCCAUCGUCAUGCGCCUGGGCUGCGGCAGCUCCCCCCGCGAGCCCAAUGGCUACUGGGAGGUGAACGGCUUCGGCCUCUUCGGCAUCUACAAGUCGGACUUCGACCGCGUCGGAGGGAUGAACACGGAGGAGUUCAGAGACCGCUGGGGCGGGGAGGACUGGGAGCUCCUGGACAGGGUCCUGCAGAGCGGCCUGGAGGUGGAGCGCUUGCGUCUCAGGAACUUCUACCACUACUACCACUCCAAGCGCGGCAUGUGGAACGCGCGCAGCAGGAAAGGCCCCAGGGACUAGCGGCCGGCGCCUGCCGCGAGG